AUGGCGGAACCGACGGCGGAAUGGGUGAGGAUGGCGGAAGCGGCGGAGACGGGAAUGGCGGAAGCGACGGCGGAAGGGGUGAGAAUGGCGGACGCGGCCGAGACGGGAAUGGCGGAAGCGACGGCGACGGGGGCAGCAGCUCCUUCCGCGGGGGUCACCACGAUUGGUCCAGCAGAGGCAUCGUCAGCCGUCGAUUUCCUGAUGAUGAUCCAGCCGCUAAAGACUCUGAAGCGCACAGGGUGGGUGAAGCGGGGAGUGCAGGGGCCAGAGUCGAUCGGCGACCACAUGCACCGCAUGGCUCUGAUGGCGUUCGUGCUGGCUGGAGUGGAGGGCAUUGACAGAGACAGAUGCAUCAAGAUGACAAUUGUGCAUGACGUGGCAGAAGCAAUAGCGGGUGACAUCACACCAUCAUGUGGAGUGGGCAAGGAGGAGAAGCACCAAAUGGAGAGGGACGCUCUGGGGCAGAUGUGUGACGCUCUGGGCCCCAACCGCAAGGCUGCAGCUGAGAUGCUCGCUUUAUGGGAGGAGUAUGAAGCGAACGAGACAAACGAGGCUCGACUGGUGAAGGACUUUGAUAAGUUCCCACUCUUUCUUCUCUGGUCCUUCACACCCAACCGUUCUGUCACGUUCUUUCUCCUUCACAACCCCUCUGUCAUCUGCUUUCCUGUGCUGUUGUUGUCUCUUGAGGUGUCCCAAAAGUUCCCACUCUUUCUUCUCUCGCCCUUCACACCCAACCUUUCUGUCACGUUCUUUCUCCUUCACAACCCCUCUGUCAUCUGCUUUCCUGUGCUGUUGUUGUCUCUUGAGGUGUCCCAAAAGUUCCCACUCUUUCUUCUCUCGCCCUUCACACCCAACCUUUCUGUCACGUUCUUUCUCCUUCACAACCCCUCUGUCAUCUGCUUUCCUGUGCUGUUGUUGUCUCUUGAGGUGUCCCAAAAGUUCCCACUCUUUCUUCUCUCGCCCUUCACACCCAACCUUUCUGUCACGUUCUUUCUCCUUCACAACCCCUCUGUCAUCUGCUUUCCUGUGCUGUUGUUGUCUCUUGAGGUGUCCCAAAAGUUCCCACUCUUUCUUCUCUCGCCCUUCACACCCAACCUUUCUGUCACGUUCUUUCUCCUUCACAACCCCUCUGUCAUCUGCUUUCCUGUGCUGUUGUUGUCUCUUGAGGUGUCCCAAAAGUUCCCACUCUUUCUUCUCUCGCCCUUCACACCCAACCUUUCUGUCACGUUCUUUCUCCUUCACAACCCCUCUCUCAUCUCCUUUCCUUCCUGUGCUGUUGUUGUCUCUUGGGGUGUCCCGGAACAGCGCCUCGUGGAGUGCAGCGCUUUCCACGAACGGGGAGGGGGCGGAGUAGGCGAAAGCUGCGGUUCAAAGAAGCGCGGGAGGGGGAAGGGGAGAGCUAGAGUCUGUGCAGCGCUUUCCACGAACGGGGAGGAGAAAGGGGAGAGCGGAGAAAGGGGCGGAGGGGGCGGAGUGGGCGAAAGCGGCGGUUCGAAGAAGCGGCCGCAGAGGGGGAAGGGGAGAGCUAGAGUCUGUGCAGCGCUUUCCACGAACGGGGAGGAGAAAGGGGAGAGCGGAGAAAGGGGCGGAGGGGGCGGAGUGGGCGAAAGCGGCGGUUCGAAGAAGCGGCCCCGGAGGGGGAAGGGGAGAGCUAGAGUCUGUCGCUAG